AUGGUGCCUCCUCUACAGGUGGAGCAGAAGAAUAACAAUCAGUGGAGUGCAGAGAAUAGACGAUCAGGAGAAUGGCAGGACUUCACUUCACCAGCCAGCAGUCAUCAAUGCCCCCACUGUGACUUUGUUACAACUUCUUAUAAUAAAAUGUUGAGACAUAUCCAGAAGCAUACUGGACAGAAGCCAUUCUCCUGUGCCCACUGUACCUACAGUACCACCCGGAAGGCACUACUGGAUGAGCAUAUAAAUACCCACACUGGAGAAAGACCAUUUGCAUGCCCUUACUGUGCAUAUAGUUCUUCCCAUAAAAGCAUUCUGAGAGUACACAUUCGUAGACAUACUGGAGAAAAGCCUUAUGCUUGUACAUUCUGCCCGUACAGAGCAGCUCAAAAGUCAACUUUGAAUAGCCAUUUAAUGACACACAUUUCAACAGAUGUGACAUCUGUUCUUUCCAUGAAGCAACAAGCCAAUAGGGCAGAUGACAAGGAUGCAUACCUCGUGGUCAAGCCUGCUUCAAGUUGCAUGUGGUUAACAGUUGUACAUUUGUUUGGCUUUGAUUGUAACCAGUGA